CGUCUUCCCACACACACACCUCCGCCGUCUUCCGCUAGGCUCCUAGUCGCAUGCGACGCAGGCGGCCGGCAUGUACGACCCAAACGCCCCUAUGACCUACGCAGGCGACCAGGCGGCGGGCGAGGAACAGUUCAUCUCGACCUUCUUCUGCCGCGCUCUCUACGACUACCAGACGCACGACUCCUCUUCCCUCUCCUUCCACAGAGGCGACAUUAUCGAGGUCCUUACGCGUCUCGAAUCUGGGUGGUGGGAUGGGCUGCUCAACGAUGAGCGCGGAUGGUUCCCCUCCAACUACGUGAACAUCAUCUCUGACCAGGAGGCUGAAGCUGCUCUGAACUCGGGUGACUAUACGCCAAGUCAAGCAUCACUACCGGAUGACUCUAUGGUUGAUAUGGCGCAGACGAUGUCGCAGGCUCUCUCGCAAUCCGACUCCGAUGGUGAUUGGUUGAACGGCGGCGGAGACUACUCUCAGCAGCCCCAACAUACCAACGGCGCCGCGACUCGUGCGCCCGGUACCAAACAGAGCGACUUUUGGGUACCUCAGGUGUCGCAGGACGGUCGAAUAUUUUACGUCAACACGCAAACUGGGCAGCAAUCUCGAGACCUUCCUCAAGAGCUCGACGAAGAGGCAGAUCCAGAAGUUGCGGCUCUCUCCCCUCAUGCCACUUCUCGAGCUGUUCCUACUGCGGCAUUCGGCGCGGCAGCGGUCAAUGGGAGCAGUCGGGACGGUGGUGCCGGCUUUGGUAUCCCGAAACGCACGAGGACUCCGGAGCCAUGGGCGAGACGUCUUGCGGACGAUGGGAUGUCCUACUACUACGUGAACAAGAUCGACGGUCAAGUUUCCUGGACGGUACCAGAGGCCGGCGCCCCACUGGGUUAUGUCGACGAGACGCCCUCUCGAGAAACUGUGGCGCGAAGCUCCCCCGCUGCCUCUGCCUCUUCGAUUCCGCACGCCAAUGGAACGAAUGGACGACUGCGAUCGGAUUCCACGGCCUCGCGCACAGCAGAUCGCCUCAGCAUCCACUCUGAUGACUCUGAAGUCUAUCCCGCGAGGCGCGACCGAUCGGAGUCUUCCUCAAGCGUGCAGAAGGUCAAUGGCAACGGCGUGAGUCGCCUCGAAUCUACUCCUAGCGCACCGUCCGCGCGUUCGCAGCCGCAAGUGAAUCCUGGUCUUGAGCUCACAGCAGCGGAAGAAUCUGCCAAGGCGCUACAGGAAUCUUUGGCCCCCCAUCCUCCCGAAUCUGCUGCUGAACUUGCGAAUCAUGUCGGUGAAGCGAUUAACUCUCUCGUCCGGUUCCUCAGGAGCGCAGCCGGUCCCCGUCGUUCAGAUCAGUUCCGCGAGGUUGAUCAACUGGUACUGAAGGUGGUCGCAGCGGUGCGCAAUCUCCUUUACGUGACUGCCACCCCAAGCGGACACGUCGCAAGCCAUCUCUAUCCACGGGACCCUCGCGACCCCAGAAUAGCGGCAUCUGGCCAGACACUCCAGGCACAUCUGAAGGCUGCCCAUCGCAAAGUGGCGGGGACUCUAUCAAAGCUUGUGCUUUCGGCCCUGGCGAUGCAGUACGACCCUAGUCUGUCCAACUCUGACAAACCCAAUCGGAUGGAGGCCGACGUUGCUGAACUCGAACGUGCCGUUGUUGCAUUCGUCGGGGAGGUGCAGUUCUUCCAAGAGCAGCAUAACCUGUCGAAUUCGCUAUCCAGUUCGGGCACAAAGCGGCUGCAUGGUGUGUUCUCCACUGCGAACAUUGGUCUCGGGCUGCCCGGCGCGGGAGUUGCUGCAGAUUGGCGGGGUCUCGGCUACGUCGCUGCGGAGGAUGGUGCGGAUGUGCCGGGGCGGGUGCUCAACGACGACGUCGUGAUCGAGUACAAGGGUAGCUUGAAGGCGCUGGAGGCCAAGCUAGGCGCUUUGGUCAUUUCCCUCAAGUAUCUGGACAGCCACCCCGACCGCGUCUCACAAGAGGGACAGAAUGCCUCUGCAUAUCUUUCCUACUUGCUCUCCUACCUCGGCGGUAUCAACGUCGCGCAACAUGUCGAUGUCGAUGGCAUCCGCUCAGAGUCUGGCAUGUCUUCAGCUUCCGCGCAGUACAUGCAGACUGUCGAUAAGGCGCGCUCGCUCGUACGCACCAUGGAGGCCGCCACGCAGGCGCUCUACGACGACGGCAUGGUCCUCUUCAUGACGGUACAAAGCCUCUCGCGCCCGGAACUCCUUAGCGAUAAGGAGUUCAACAGCCUAGUCGGCGUCGUCGAGACCACGGCACCCACUGUGCGCUCCAACUGUGUCUUGGUCGCGCAGACGCUCGAGUCGCUCCUCGCGACGGGCCACGACCAGGCGGCGAUAGGCCAGGGCGACUACCGCAACUCCAUAGAGUGGCGAACGUCGCGCAUCAACAUGACGGACGCGUCUAUCGCGGCGCUCACAUCGCGCCUCGCAGAUGUACCGAGCGGGGACGACGAGUUCGUGGACAUGGAGCUCGCGUUCAGCCGCCCCGGUAUGCGCACGCUCCCGUCGUCAGCGGACACCGUUGGUGCUGCGUCGACAUCCUCGACAAUUUACAACAACGCGGGACAGCCGUCGUCGCAGUCGUCUUUGGACAUGUCGGACCGGUCACGGUCAGACAGCUUGAGCGAGCCACAGACACCAACUUGGUCCCAAACCGAGACCACGGUCGACGGAGCGUUCGUAGGUGGGGGUUCGGGCAUCGACAUGGGCCCCGACGAGCCCCUCGACGACGAUGUGGCCCCAUACGUGGACGAGGAAGAACCUGCUAUCCUUGGCAAGUCACCGCCGCGCGGCGGUGCCGGCAACAAACUCAUGAAGCUCCUCGGUCCGGAAACGCCACAAGACUAUAUCAACCGGAUGAACGCAGACCAGAAGCCGUGGUACUUGCGGUCGAACUACGACCAGGCAGAGAUUCUUAUCGAUCCGGAUGGAAGUGUUCGCGCGGGUACUGGGUCUGCGCUUGUCGAACGGUUGACGGCACACGAGCUCGGACACACCGCGUUCAACAAGAACUUCCUGAUGACAUUCAAGUCGUUCAUGACUGUAGACGAGCUCUUCGACCACCUUGCGAAGCGCUUUUGGAUACAGCCACCCCCCGGGUUGAAACCGCAAGAGCUCGAGGAGUGGACUCGCUUGAAGCAGCAGAUUGUCCGCGUUCGUGUGCUGAACACGUUCCGGACCAUGGUCACGGACGACGACAUUCUCGAGAAAGAGGACAUGUACAUCCUCGGUCGCAUGAAGGAAUUCGCUUCAAAUGAAGAGGUCGUCACUUUCGCUGCAGCCAAGCAGCUUCUCAUCCUCAUCGAGCGCGCGCAACGGGGCGGCGACACCGCCAUCAAGACGACCAACACCGUCCCGAUCACGCCUCCAGCGCCCAUUGUGCCUAAGAGCAAGAAGGUCAAGCUCAUGGAGAUUGACCCGCUCGAGCUCGCGCGGCAGCUCACCCUCAUGGAGGCCGCGCUAUACAAGAAAAUCAGGCCAAUGGAGUGUUUGCAGCGGUCGCGAGAAGCGAAACCGGGGAAGACGCCGGAUAACAUCACCACGAUCAUCCAGCUGAGCAACAGGAUUGCAAACUGGGUGGCUGAAUCCGUCCUUGCCAAGGAAGACUCCCAGAAGCGCGCGCGAGUGGUCAAGCACUUCAUCCUGCUCGCAGACCGGUGUCGAGGGAUGCAGAAUUACUCAACGAUGACGGCAGUGAUCUCUGGCCUGAAUACCCCUCCGAUUCGACGGUUGAAGCGGACAUGGGAGCAGGUGAACGCGAAGAUCAUGUCCCAGCUGAAAGUGUGCGAGUCAACUAUCGAUACCAACAAGAACUUCAAUAAUUACCGAUCGCUUCUGGCAACGAUCCAACCCCCUUGUGUACCCUUCAUUGGUGUUUACCUGACCACUUUGACCUUCAUCAACGAUGGCGCGGAGGACAAGCUCGCCGGCAACAUGAUCAACUUCCGCAAGCGGCAGAAAGCGGCGGAGGUCAUCCAGGACAUCAAGCGGUGGCAGGCGAAGCCGUACAACUUCCAGACGGUCGCGCCCGUGCUCGCGUAUCUGGAAGAGUCCUUCCAGGCCUACCAGGACGCGCAGGAUUAUGGCGACCAGUUCUGGAACCUCAGUCUCGAACGCGAGCCGCGCGAGCGCGAGGACGAGAAGAUGGCGCGGCUGCUGCAGGAGAGCGGCUUUUUGUAGUAGACGGGCGUGUUUGUCUGUGUUUUUCGUGUGUCCGGGCUACCCCGCGCGUGUCUUUUUUUUCGUCCCCCAUCCCCCCUUUUCCACCCGUUCCCCGCGAGACCAUAUUCGUAUCAUGCUCUGUGUACUAGUGUUCUGCCGUUCGCACUUGACUUAUACCGUCUACAUGCUGUACUAGUAGUUACCACUACUCGCGGACUGGGAUCAUGCUGGAUAACCACUAAUCAAGGCAUGGUGCUGCC